AGCCGCAAGCUGGCGACAUGCGCCGAGCACGACCUGGAGAACUACAGCAUGUACUGCGUGAGCUGCCGCAGCCCCGUCUGCUACCAGUGCCUGGAGGCGGGCAAGCACGGCAAGCACGACGUGAAGGCCCUGGGCGCCAUGUGGAAGCAGCACAAGGCACAGCUGUCUCAGGCUUUAAAUGGUGUUUCAGAUAAAGCAAAGGAAGCUAAAGAAUUUUUGGUUCAGCUGAAAAAUUUAUUGCAGCAGAUCCAGGAGAAUGGGUUGGAUUAUGAAGCCUGUCUUGUCGCUCAAUGUGAUGCCUUGGUUGAUGCAUUAACGCGACAAAAAGCAAAACUGCUCACAAAGGUGACCAAAGAACGUGAGCACAAGCUGAAGGUUGUUUGGGACCAGAUAAAUCACUGUACGCUGAAGCUACGCCAGUCAACGGGUCUUAUGGAGUACUGCCUAGAAGUUAUCAAAGAAAACGAUCCCUCUGGGUUUUUACAGAUCUCGGAUGCUUUAAUCAAGCGUGUUCAGGUAUCUCAGGAACAGUGGGUCAAAGGAGCCUUGGAGCCAAAAGUGUCUGCUGAGUUUGACUUGACUCUGGAUAGUGAACCUUUACUGCAGUCGAUUCACCAGCUGGAUUUUAUUCAGAUGAAAUGUAGGGUGCCACCUGUUCCAUUACUGCAGCUGGAGAAGUGUUGCACCAGAAACAACAGUGUGACAUUGGCCUGGAGGAUGCCACCUUUGAGCCACAACCCAGUGGAGGGUUAUAUCUUGGAACUUGAUGAUGGAGAUGGUGGCCAAUUCCGAGAAGUGUAUGUUGGCAAGGAGACUCUCUGUACCAUCGAUGGCCUUCAUUUCAACAGUACCUAUAAUGCAAGAGUCAAAGCUUUCAACUCGUCGGGAGUUGGUCCUUACAGCAAGACAGUUAUUUUACAGACAUCAGAUGUGGCGUGGUUCACCUUCGAUCCCUCCUCCGCUCACAGAGACAUAGUGCUGUCGAAUGACAACCAGACUGCCACCUGCAACAGCUAUGAUGACCGGGUUGUUCUUGGCACAGCAGCCUUCUCCAAGGGCGUGCAUUACUGGGAGCUGCAUGUGGACCGGUAUGACAACCAUCCGGAUCCAGCCUUUGGCAUUGCUAGGAUUAAUGUUGUCAAGGACAUGAUGCUAGGCAAGGACGACAAGGCGUGGGCCAUGUAUGUUGACAACAACCGCAGCUGGUUCAUGCAUUGCAAUUCUCACACCAAUCGGACUGAAGGAGGAGUUUCUAAAGGUGCCAUCGUUGGUGUUCUCCUGGAUCUGAACAAGCACAACCUGACCUUUUACAUAAACGGGCAGCAGCAAGGGCCUCCAGCAUUUGAAAACGUUGAGGGUGUCUUCAUGCCUGCAUUAAGCCUCAAUCGAAAUGUCCAGGUGACACUGCACACGGGACUGGAGGUGCCACAAUGUGUAAAACAGCCCAAGUUACCCAACAACUAA